UGUGCGGAGCGUGCGUAGUGGUUCUGAAAGCUGUCAUAAUAACGGCGCUAAGAAUAUCGCCAUUUUGCUCGUUGUCGGUAGGGAGUGUGCGGUCGUCUUUGCGUUUUAUGUUGUUAUAUGUUGUAUUGUAUGCUUGGUUUAAUUUGUGCUCCAACAGUUGGUCAGCAUCCAUAAACUCUGAAAAAUGGUGAUCGUCUGAGUAAGCUGUCUGUACAAAACAUGUGGUCCCGCUCCGGCUAUGAUAGCGGCUCAAGCGAGGAGGACAUGUCUGAUGAAUCCGCUGUCGACGAGACGCCUCCAACAGCUCGGAGUGGGGGACGCAAAUCCAUCAAUAAAGGCCGCUGGAGCAAAGAUGAAGAUGGACGGUUGAAACAGCUGGUGGAGGAUUACAAUGAGAGAUGGGACGUCAUCUCGCUUCACUUCCCCGACCGUUCCGAUAUCCAGUGUCAGCAGCGCUGGCAGAAGGUCGUCAAUCCAGAGUUAGUGAAAGGACCUUGGACCAAAGAGGAGGAUGAAAAGGUCGUUGAAUUGGUGAAGCGAUAUGGGCCGAAGAAGUGGACAGUGAUUGCCCGUCAUCUGAAGGGACGGAUUGGGAAGCAGUGUCGCGAACGUUGGCAUAACCAUCUGAAUCCUGCCAUCAAGAAGACAGCUUGGACAGAAGAUGAAGACAGGGUCAUCUAUGAAGCCCACUGUCAGUGGGGUAACCAGUGGGCCAAGAUUGCUAAGCUCCUUCCUGGCAGGACUGAUAAUGCAAUUAAAAAUCACUGGAACUCUACAAUGCGUCGAAAAUAUGAGUCAGAGGAGAAGCUAUCAAUAUCCUUAGAAGGAAAACGUGUCAAGAGUAAGGCAAGGGCCCAGGCUUGUACCCCAGACCAGUACAAUGGUAUUGAGCCGAUGAACAGUGUACAGUACCAGACCAGUGGAUCUAAUUUCUCGGAAGGCUCACAGCAACCCACCGUACAGACAGCCCUUGUUGGAGAAUAUCAAGCACAUGCAGCUGUUAGUGUGGAUGUGUAUGAGGGUACUGAUUGGUCUCCAGAAUAUUAUGAGCCAUUGAGUCAGUCAAGUACUGGAUUCUCUCAGACUGGCCCAAGUCCAGGACCAGCAGCAAGUCCUGCCGUGUGCCAAGUGUCACAGGCUGUGAGACUGGCUGACACGAAUAUUCCACCUAAUUAUGAACAGGAAUAUAAGCAACAGUCCCCUCAACAUGCGACCCCACCACAGAAUUCAUCGCAAUCAUUUUCACCACUAGGGGUGUUCGAUUUUGAGAUUCUGAAUACAAAUAGUCCGAUAAAGCUGGUGUCAUCACCUGAUGAAGGAUUUGCAGAUUUAAAUGUGAUGGAUUUGGUACCUAGUAGUGAAUAUAUUACCUCCACCUUUUCACCACAGAAGGACAUUGCUGCAAGAAGGCAGUUGAACAUAGGUUAUAUAUGUGGUCAGACCAUCAACAAUAUGAAUAAUGAUACGACAUCAUCUGAAGUGACAAAUGGAUGUUUAAUCCAAGUCACUCCAUCAUAUGUGGGCACAAAAUUAUCUCCACCAUCUAUAUUAAGGCGAGGUUUUCGCUACAAGCGGCGAAGAAGCAAGACGUCAGAUGAUCCGAACAAUUCAUCUGAUUUCAUUUUGCCUGAUGAACAUCCUGCAUCUAAGCAUAUGGAUGAUACAGGGAUCUUUUCAUCAUAUCUCUCAGUCACUAACAUAGAUUCACUUAAGACACCAGUAAAAGCAUCACCUAUAAAGCCAUUGGAGUUCAGCCCAUCACAAUUUUUAAACAGUCCGAACCUAUCCUUCAAUGUGGAUUUAUCAGCAACACCCCUUCGACGAUGUACUGUCACUGCACAGUCUACACCUUUCCAGCAAAAUGUAGAGCAAGAGAAGGAGAACAGCCCGGACCUUCUGAUCACGCCAAAUUCUUUUCCAAUGCAGCCAGUGAAGCAAAACCAGAUAAGCAGGAAUAGUGAUCGUGACCAUUUCACCCCGAGCAAAGUGAGACGGUGUCUUGCUGAUCCUACACCAAGAACACCAACACCUUUCAAGAAUGCCUUGGCAGAGCUGGAAAAGAAUGGAGGCAUUGUGAAGUACAUGCCACAAAGCCCAACUGGCCUAGUUGAAGACCUUACGGAGAUUAUAAAGAAAGAACAAGAUAUGUCUGAUUCUCAGUAUGAAACAGACAGCAGUUUGCUUUACUCAAACCAGCAGGAGGUUCAUCAGGACAGUGGUUAUAUAACAGCAAGGCGCAAGGUGUUGCUUCCCAUUGGAAAAGAGAAUACUCAGCCCAACAAGAGGAUAAGAAAGGCUUUGGCACCUUCUUGGAGUACCCCUGGAAAUAUUUAUGUACCUGGAGUCACUGACAUUUCCUCCAUAGUGGAGACACCGAGCAAGUCACUUGGCGGGGAUACAUCAGUUCUCUUUUCACCACCCUCCAUUGUGCGAGACGUCCUAUCAGAGGAAGUAGUCCUCACCUCCGCAGUGGCACCUGUGCUUCAGCAGCAGUCCUCUUCAGUCGCGAAGAACCCUGGUAUUCACCUGAGGCAUUCUGCUGUCAAGCGGAUCCACUUUGGAGACGUAACACAUGAACGGAAACUGCCCAAGCUCGACGUGAGAUGGGAGAUGGUAGCUUGUGGGAAGACCCAGGAUCAGUUGGAACUUACAGAACAAGCACACAAACUUCUCAAUAUGACCACCACUCUCAAACCUCGUUCGCUGAACCUGUAGAGAACUGCACAUUGGGAUGGGGUCUUCAUGUCGCAUGCAGUAGUACAGAGGUGAAGGCUUAGGUACUCUGUGUGGAUUCUUUACUGACAUGUUCGUAUGGGCUGCAGGCUGGAUUCUGGCCCUUCAGGUGGCACAUAACUAUACAAGAAAGAAAUGGACCUCAUCAGCUGUAAGCUGUGGAGACCUGAACCUCACUUUUCGCCUUCUGAGUGCCACUUCAGCUAUUUCAGUGGUACUGAAACCCAUUGAUAUAAUGUAUAUACUUGCGUGAUUUUAGAACUUUUUGAAAGUUCUUCUGCUGUGAAUUAGAAGUACAAGAUAAUGUGUCUGUGACUUUUUAGAGUGCAAGAUUAAGGAGUAAUUUUCCCUGUAGUCUGACCUUUUGAGGACUUACAUAUGUGUGUAUGUAUAUAAUACAUAUGUAAAACAACCAGUAUUACUUCAAAAUGUCAGUUGUCUUUUGCAUCACACUUGAUUGUAUGGAUAGCAUACAUACUGUUAAAAUGAUUGAAUAUUCAGUUGUUAGAGGUCAGGUCAUUUUUUUUAAUUGCAUGAUUUUGUCAUGAAAUGGAAAUUCUUUGGUGUGAAGCAGCGAUUGGUAUUACAGCAUGCUGGAAAAAAGAAUAGAUCCUUAGGAUGUAAUGGAAAGCAAUAUGUAGAAGGAAAUGCAGUAGUGUAAUUUCUUUAGUGUUGUAUUUGAGGGGGGGUGAUUGUUUUGGUAAUUGUGAAAGGAGGUAAAAUAUAAAUUCUCUUGCAAAAUUGGAUAGAGAAAACUGUGUAGGUAAAUACGGUAUUUUUAUAUAUGCUUCUCAUGAAUGUUGCAUGUUAUUUAAACUUGCUUUUUAGGAUUUUGUGGUUUGUGCCUUGUUAUACCGGUAUUUUAUAGGCUUCAUGUAAUAUUCAUGUUUUUAUAAUUGGCAGGAAUGUAGAAUGUCUCAGGAAAAAUUAAUAUAUUGUAGCCAUUGUAUCAUACAUUUCUAAAUUAGUGAGAAUUUUACCAAACCUCCAGUGGUCGCUAGCAUUUCAUUUGUAUCACCAUGGCUGCUACCAGAAGGCUGAUAUGCAAGCUAGAGUCAGUAAAUAGAUCACAAAUGGAUAUAAAACGUAAAAUGUAUGAUAGUCAAACCUGGAAAAAACAUUUAUUUCUUGACAUGUCCUCCAUCAACAUUGAUCCACUCGUCCCAUCACUUUAUCAGUGCGUCAAAACGUGCAGCACAGAAGUCUUUUGACUGUCAUCUCAGCCACUUCUGCACCUUUGUUUCAACCACUUCAUCAUCAGCAAAACAUUUGCCACCCAGUUGUGAACUGUUUUACAUGACAGACACUUCCCACCGUAAAUAGGAAGCAUUUCUUCAUGAAUGUCCUUUGCAUUGAGUCAUUUUUCCCACAGAAAAUGCACCACAGAAUGCUGCUCUUCAGUAUUGUACACCUCGAGCACACUCACCAUUUUGACUAUUGAAACCAGUCUCUGAACAUGCACAUGUGUGUGUGCUACCUAGACUAUGAAUCUGGACUGUGCUGCUACCUAGUGAUACAGAAAACCAAAUAUAUCUGUUAAAAAAAGAUGUUUUACUUCCAGGUAUGACCUGUUUACUGACUGACUCCCAUAAAUGACUGAAAAUGCAAAGAGAAUAUACAAAUUUGAAUUGGUUCCACUGAGUAAAUGUAAAUAGCAGGACAUGACUGAUGUUGUAAGUUCAAGCAGACGUAACUGCCCAUGCAUAAUACCUGAAACAAAUAUAGAGAAUGGUGCUGUAUAUGUGUCCUUUCAUUUUUGUAUAAAUCAUGUGUGUUUACUUAUCAGAGGAUUAUGUCUCAAGGAGCUGAAGUAGUUAAGAAUGUAAAGUUUCUGUAUUCAUUCAUUCUUGAAUUCUUAUAUAUUAUUAUGAGUCACUAGAUUUGUUAAAUAUAGGCCCUAUAUAGCUGGACAAAAUACUCUUUGCCUUAUCAGAAUCAGAACUAAUUGCAUUUACUACCUUCAUGAGCAGUGUUUAUCUGAGAUCUUAAAUUAGGUUUAUUACAAAAGUGAACAUAUCCUUGAUUCUUAUGCAAGGAAUUUGAAGAACCUUUUUUUCUUUCUUUAUUUCUCUCUCUCUCUCUCUCUCUUUUUUGCCACGAAUGGUAUCAGGAUUUGGUAGGUGUAAAUUUUCUGAUGUUAGAAGUAGGUUCUGUUAAUGAUUUUUAUGAAUUUUAAUUACAUUAAUCUUGGAUAAAUCAUGUUAUCUUGAUGCUGGAUUCAUGAUAUAUAAAUUGUGAAUGUGAAAGAUUAAUAUUCUCAAUGAAAUAAUUCUAUUUAGUGUCAUUUUUUCUAGUCUCCACUCAGUUCUCCAGGUGUUACAUGUAGCACAGUGCAGAAUUGUUUUUUUUCUAGUUGUUAAUGCUGAGCCUUUCAUUGGGGAGGUCUUCUGUCUUGUAUUUUUGUUGGAAACUAAGCCUGCAGGAAUUACAAAUGGUUAGCUCUAAGUGUCAGGAGAUGGCAGGACAUAUUUCUUUUUGUUGAUGUUGAAAACCAAAGUUACUUAGAAAGAAAACAGACUAAUUUUAAAGUAACAGUUGCAUUCUUGCCCUGAAAAUAAUUGUAAGAUUUUUUUCCCUAGAACUUGUCAUGCAUACUUUCUAAUACAAAGAAUAUUUGGCAGCUGAUCAUAUUGUCACGUGUGUGAGUAACUUGAAUUGGUGACUCUAUUUAUUGACCACUUAUACAACUCAUUCCUAGACUUCACAAAUCACUAUUGCACACAGACUAGUGUUCUCAGCCUGUUGCAGUCUCCACUAGUUUUCUGAUAACAGUCUUCUGACAGUGGAGAUUCUUCAGCUUCUAGGCCCAGUUUGUUGCCCACUGGCUCUCAACUGCACCAACUAAGUCUGCUCUUCACAGACUCCAUUACAACUGACUAUUGCCUUUCUUAAAAUGUUCUCUCAGUUAACUUCUAAACUUGUCUCAUUGAUAACACCUUGGCACCGACCACACAGAAAACACCUCAAACAGUUCCUGCAUUAUUGUGUUGGGAUUUGUUGCUGCAGAAAAGUGUUUACUAUGCUGUUGCAUAGCAACAGUCAUGGCACAGGCCACAGAAACACCACUUACAACAGUUCCUCUGUUCUCUGUUUUUUCAUUGCCAUAGGAUCCUGUUUGUUUGCAAUCAUUACGUAGUAUCAGGUCUACACACUACAAUAUUAUUAAUUUAAAUAACCUUUUUUGGUGCAUUCAAAGUCAAAAGUUCCCUACUUCUUUGUCUGUCCAUCUGUCCACGUCUAAUAACUUGAGAACCAUGGAAUAAUAUUCAGAAUUAAUGGGUUUUUGGAAUUCUUCCAUCGACAGAACCCUUUAAAAUCUAUAUGGAAUAAUAUGUCAUGAAUUUAAGGUUUGUAAAUUUUACUAAUAUUUAUCAACAAAUUCCAGUUUCAUUUAGAAUUUGGCAGUAAUAACAGACACUUUACUUGAAGAUGCAUUUGUAUGCGCUUCUCAAGCUUAACUUGCUAAGUAGUUAUCAGAGAAGAGAACGUUUCAGGCAAAAGUUAUAGAGAAAAAUGAAGCACACGUUUUAAUCACAGUUUACUUUUCUUCCAGUCUUAUAGUUUUGGAGGGCUGGGAUAAGUCAGUAUAGCAGUAGGUUAUGGGCUAUAUGGCUGGAAUGGGGUUUGAUUCCUGGCAGAGGCAAGAGACUCUACCUCUUCACCAUGGCAUCCAAAUCAGCUGUAUGACUGCUUGGCCUCCUGUCCAGUGGGUACUGGGGGCCUUUUUGCUGGAAGUAGUGCAGUUAGGUCAUGAAGAUGACAUAUCACCCUAAUCUAGUGCCAUGGUUAAGAAUGGGUUGAGCUGUAUCUCCAUUUCCCCAGAUGUCUUCAUGGCAUGUUGCUUAAUCAGUUAAGCACAGGAACAAGUUUGUCUUAUGAUUUUGAAGAUAAUUAAACAAAGGGGAGAAAAUGCUACAGAAUUGAUCAUUUGCACAUGUGUUAUAACUGCUGUCUUAUUAUGUAGUGUAUUUAGUCCAGCUAGAUGCCAUCACUAAUAAUAUAUUUCACUGUGUUAAGUCAAACAGCACAUGUCUCAGUAGUGUGACCUAUCAACUUCAUGCACUUGUGAGAGGACAUAUAUAAGGAAGAAUUGAUUUGUUUCAUUUUUGCAAUAUGACAGUUUUAUGGUGCUGCUGUUAUCCACCAACCUAAUCUGAUAUUUAGUAUAGCCAUCUACAUUACAUAUUGCUGGUUUAAGUUUUUAGCCCACUUUCUAUAUUUGAAAAAAAUUAGAUGUAGUCUUAUGAGAUAAUGCUGUCCAUAUGUCUGUGUGUUCCCCCCUAACAACUUUGGAUGAGCAGCAUUAACGAGGGAGCCAUAUGACAUGAUGCCUGAAAGCUGGAAUAAUGGGAAUCAGAAGAGACUGCCAUUGCUAGACAGUGGCUUGGUAAUUACAUUCCUGCAGAUACUCAUCUGCUAAACUAAACCAUCAUAUCCAGAUUUUAAUUGUUUUCUUCAAAACAGAUAUAUUAACCAGUAAUAGAACUGUUGUGGUUAAGGGUGUAAUUAGAAGACUUGACUGUCUUUAAGUUGUUCAAGAAGUAAGCACUUCCCAUUCAGAGCCAGAAAUGUUAAAGAGCUUCAUAACACCAUGACUUUGUAAUAGUAAUGCAAAUAUGGCUGCCAAGGUGAAUGUUUAGAACAUUUAAAACUUCUGUGUGGUGUCAGAAUUAUAACAUUUACUAUGUUUGUGUGAUUUUAACAACAUUGGUAUAAAUGUAAGUUUUGAAAAUUUUGUAAUGAAAUGAAAAUAUUUGUUAGUUUGCAAUGCAAACAAAACAUAUGCUCUUUAAUCUUCACGUAAAAAUUUAUGUAUGAGAUUAUAUCGGGCAGGUUCAUAUUAUUGCUAAUGGAAGGAUCUAGGCAUGUCAUCAGCGAGACCAUUUCUUGAUUUUGAUAGCCGGAGCCUUCCAUCAAUACAGUCUGUAGUGAGUCAGUUCCACCUCUAAAUCUCUCUCUCUAGAGCCGUUCUGAACAUAAUGAUGAGAUCAUAGUUAUUACUUUGUUUUUCAUCCUUAUUUACUUCUUGACUGAGUUCUAAACAUACCUUGAAGUAAGUUAGUGGUGGUUAUUGACUGUCCUGGUAGCUAGGUUUCUAGGAAACAGACUUUCCAAUGUGAAAUUUAGUCAAUAUAUGUGUGCCUGGCUAACAGGUACUGCAACACAGAUACCUUCUACACAGUGACGCUAUUAUUUAUGUGAAUGUAGUUAUAUAAAAACUGUGUUUUUAUUAAUAUUAUACCAAUACAAAUUUGGUGGUGUUUUCAGUGCUUUCAGGACAGUCAUUGUAACCCUGCCACACAGCAAAUGAAUAACUAACUGGAACUGUUAACAGUAAUUUUGAAUUGUGAGCCUUUUGAUGAUGAAAUUCUGUUAUAAGUUUUAGUGCUGUUGGUGUAGUGUAGACUGACAGCAGCUGAGAUGAAAUUUUAGGGGUUAUAGAAAGAAAAACCAAGAGAGAGGCUAAAAAGUAAUAAUAAAAAUAAAUAGCAUUUGGAGAGAAAUGCAUAGAAAAUUAAAUUAAUGAAUAAUGGAAUAAGAUGGUCCGGAUGCAUUUAAUUGUGAAUAGAGAAUCCCAAACAUUGUUUUGAACAUGACAAUAAAAGAAAGAUGCUCAUGUAGAAGACUUAAAUCGAGAUAGAAACAGCAGGUUAGGAAAGGUGUCAGCAUGUAAGGCUGGAUGAAUGUUGGAGGAUGUUUAGGAGGAGGUGGAGAAGGUUUGGGAAGACAGAUACAGCUGGAGAGAUUUGAUUGCUAUGUGACUUGCAUAAAAGUAAAUUUUUGCAGUAAGAAACAGAUGUUAGAAGUAGAGUUGUAACAGUCUCAAGAAGUGCCUUUGUUUUCCUGUCUGUGAAAAGUGAAUUGUUAUGACUGACAAGUAGGGUGUUAUGUUAUACUGCAUGUAUUUCAUUCAAAUUCUGUGCUUGGCAGUGAAAUGUUCAAAACCAGAGAGAGAUAAUUAUGAAGGAAGAUGACAAACUGUCAUGGGCACAUUGUUCUGCCUUUUCAUAAAGAAUUAUAAUGAACUGCUUUGUGAAAGAAUAGCUAUGGCCAAGUUGUUACAUAAUAUCUUGCCCCAGUUUUUUUUUUCCAUGCCCUCACAUGAUUUAUACUUAGUUGAUUCUGAGGCUGCCUUUGCUGGCUGAGGCUUCUUGCCACUCACCAUGUCUCAGGUUCCAGCAUCCACUGUGCAUGUGUCUCCACACAAUUUCUGUCUAAUGAUGUGCACGGUGUGUGUGUUGCAGUAGGGACUGGGGAGCAGGAUAGUAGAAUCAUUGAGGAGAGCUCACAGCAAAUUUAUGAAGGAGAAUAUGGUGUUCAGAGUGUAUUGAACCCUUUUGCUGGGUAUGACAAUAUUCCAUCAUUGACCAGUGAUAACUUAAUGGGUGUGGCAUACCAUUACACGCUCUGAUUUUAGUUGUGUAUAACCUCUUGGUAUGACAAGGUAGAUGGCUGGAACUUUUACCAAAGUAAUAGGUGGCAUUUUCUUGUCUGGAUGCCAGCAUUAUGCAAGAGAAACAGCAUAAUACUAGCCAUCUAUCCAGUUUUUCUCUAUUGCAUUCACUUGGGCAGCAAGUUCAGGGUUUUGUAAAAUGGCAUUGACUAGUGUGAAGUGUGUAUAGAUCAGGUUUCUUUUUCUCUCAUUCAUUUUACAUUUCUUUUCCUUUUUUAAGUUCAAAAUCUUGGCAGUGUGUUGCACAUACAAUGUAUUACUUGUUUACAGUAUGAUUAUAAAAAAUUCAAGUUGAGGGUUUUGUAUUGUAAAGUGUCAAGGGUUAUGUUUACACAGCUGGAAAAAAGGAACUACCAAGGGUAGGUCACACCAUAGCAGAUAAAACCUCCCUGGCAAGUGGUAAGUGGCAAUAUGAGGUGAAGCAAAAGUCACUAUCAAGGCAAAUCCAGCAUCUUUAUGAUCUCCUUCUGGGUAUGAUUGAACAUUGCUUUCAACUUCUAAAUUUAAUGGAAGCUAUACAGGCAGAUGUUUGGUACAGAACUAUUAGUUUUAAAAAACCAGUAACUAUAAAAUGAACAGAAACAAGGCUGUCAUGAAGCAGCAAACAAGUCUGGUCACUGUUUCAUACUUGAACAUCCAGGUACUUCAUAGCAUCACAGAUAUGUGGUACACUCCUAAAUCAUGGAUUCUUAUGGGGUUCUCCUCAUGAGUAAGGAGGUGUGUGGAACUGUGCACACUGGACACUGCUGAAAUUAAUAAUCAGCUUUAUAUUGCUAACUUUUACCACAAACUGAAUUCCAUUCUAACAGUACAAAUAAGGUCAGUUCAAAAUUAUUCUGACAGAAGUGUAUUACACUUGGGAUUGCUGAGUUUCUGAACUUUACACAUCAUCUAACAUUCUAAAAGAACAGAAUGUUUUGAAAACUAGAUCUGUCCCCACCCUCAUUUGUGCAAGGUUGAGGAGGCCCUCAGUUGAGUCUGUUAGAUAGAGCUAAAUCAUAACUACAUCUGUGUGACCACCUGAGAUCAGGUUUUGUCUGUAGGAGCUAAUAGGAAAGUUGGCAAUAAAAAUUAUGGAAAUACAUUUGCUGA